AUGGCGGAAAUACCAAAGGGAAUGGAGCACGUUGACCGGCGAGAGCUUUAUACUUCGCUACCGGCCAGAAUCCAGUACCUCCAGCAAUUCCUCGAAUUCGGAGCAGAUGAUGUUGUCGCCCUGAUCGACGGACAGAAGUAUAUCAAGACCAUUAUUCCGGCCAUCGUCAAUAUGGUGUACAAGAAGCUGUUGAAACACGACAUCACGGCGCGAGUCUUCAGUACACGAGACAGCCGGAAUGAGGAGAACCCAGACCGGUGGAUCAAAGAAGAAGAUGCACAGAUUACGCACAGAAAGAUGUUCCUGAGGUGGUACCUCACCAAACUCAAUUCUGACCCCAGUAAGAUGGAGUAUUGGCAGUACCUCGAUAAAGUUGGGUUGAUGCACGUUGGCAAGGGCCGCCGGAACCCUCUCCACGUGGACUAUCUUUUUCUCGGUGCUUGUUUGGGAUAUAUCCAGGACUCGAUGACAGAAGCAAUACUCUCUCAUCCGCGGCUGGAGCUCACGCAGAAGAUCGCCAUUGUCAAAGCCAUUGGGAAAGUCAUCUGGAUUCAAAACGAUUUGAUGGCCAAAUGGCACGUUGAAGACGGCCGUGAAUUUACGGAUGCGGCCGACGACGAGGAGAUCCGAGCCGAGGCCGGCGAGCCUGAAGGUUACGUCCACGGGAGGAAAGUCUUGGGCAGCGGAAGUGAGGAGAGUAGUUCAAUCGAUGCCUCGUCAAUAUCGUCGGAAAAGAGUACCACGAGCCUCGGCCGAUCGAUCGAGCAGGUUCGCCUGAGUGGCGAACAAAGCAAAUGCCCAUUCAGCGGCAUGGCCGUUGAUAUGGACAAGCAACGAGCUACCACAUGGCGACCCAGGCGACAUGAGCCAGAAGCAAAGCCUCCGCCGACAGGCAUUCCGCGACUGUACGUGGUCGAUGGGAAGACUGUCUGUAAAGAGAAGCUGGAGCCAAAUCCUUGGGACGAAGACUAG